CUCAUCAUUUCAAAUAACUUCUACAAAAGCACCCAUUUCUGGCUAACUUCUUCCUGGCACAAGUUAUCCAUCUCACUCAUAUGCAGAAUAAGGAAAUUAGAAUUUGGUCCUUGCUAGGACUAGACACAGUCUUCUUCUUGUUGGAAGCCGUGAUUGGUUAUUCCGUGCAUUCACUUGCCCUCAUUGCCGACUCGUUCCACAUGCUUAAUGAUAUCAUAUCCCUUAUAAUAGCGUUAUGGGCAGUCAAAGUCAAAAACACCAAGAGAGCUGAUGGGAAAUAUACCUAUGGGUGGCAACGAGCUGAGAUUUUAGGGGCGCUCAUCAAUGCCGUUUUCCUCUUGGCGUUAUGUUUCACCAUUAUUAUGGACGCCAUUCAAAGAUUCUUUGAGCCUACUGAAGUCACCAAUCCAAAAUUGAUCUUGGUUGUGGGUAUUGCUGGAUUGUGCAGUAAUGGUAUUGGCUUGGUUUUGUUUCAUGAACACGGUCAUUCGCAUGGCCAUUCUCACAGUCAUGGUGAUGAAGAACAACAAGUGGGAGAUGUGGUGGUUCGUUCACCUCGUCGUUCUUCCUUCGUUACCGAAACAACUCCUUUGAUUAAAGCUGAUAUUCCAACUAGUGGCUCUCAAGUAUUUGAUUAUUUGCCCGAUACCGUUGUGGAAAGAUAUUCUUCCCCACCACCUGGACACCCGCAUUCCCCAUUGUCUCAGGUUAUCCAACAAGAGCUGCCAAAGCAACAACCACAUGAUCAUCUGUCUGAACAACAACACUCACAUUCACACUCCCACACUGAACCAGAAACAAAACCACGUAAGAGGAAAUCAUUGAAUAUGGAAGGGGUUUUCUUGCAUGUGUUAGGUGAUGCAUUGGGUAACAUCGGGGUUAUCAUAACCGCCUUGAUCAUCUGGAAGACAGAAUACUCAUGGAAGCAUCUUGCAGAUCCAGUCACUUCCCUUUUAAUCACCCUUAUUAUCUUCAAUAGUGCCCUCCCGUUAUGUCGUAAAUCGUCCAAGAUUUUAUUGCAAGCUACCCCGCCCUACAUCAACUCUGAACUUAUUGUGGAACAAAUCCUUAGAUUACCCCUCGUUAAAAACGUGCAUGACUUCCAUGUAUGGAAUCUUAAUGAAGAUAUCUUGAUUGCAUCAUUACAUGUUGAACUUGUGGAAAACUGUGCAACUCCAGUCCAGGCAAAACACACCACCCCAACACCACCAACCAAUAAUGCCGUGUUCUCAGUAUCCCCUACUGAUUCAUCAGUACUGGGAGAAUCCGAUGAAGAAGCAAUCGCCGACCCAAUCGACAGAAAAUUAUUCCUCACUGUUGUUGCUCAAGUGAGAGAUGUGUUGCAUAAAUUUGGUAUUCAUUCCGUUACUAUCCAGCCGGAAUUCCCCAAAUUGCGAGAAAUUAUCCAUCGUCGUCGUGAACUGAUGGCUUCGCUCACUGGACAAGAUCAUAAUGUUUACGGAGGCACCACUAAGAGCAAUUGUUUGGUUGAUGAAUAUACCAACUGUGAUACGCAAAGUUGUGCUUGAUUUAUAGCUAUGUUUUUUUUAUGUUUUCUAGAUAAAUUUAAUUAAUGUUGUUUCAAUAGAUAUCCAUAAUAUUUAUUUUAAUAAAAAGCUAAAAUAUACACGAAAAAUAAACAAAAUUUAUAAACAAUUAAUUCUCAGAACUUCUAGAGAAAUAACGUAUGAUUGUUCAUAAUAAAAACCAAGAAAUAAAACAAUCCGAAAAUCCAUUAAAUAGGGAGGGGGAAGAGGGCCAAAGCAAAAUUAAAGAAAAUCAAGUCUGAGAAAAUAACCGAAACAUUUUGCAACCAUCGACAAAAGUCAAAACCAAACCACUUAAAAAUUAAAAAAAAAAAACCAAAAUUAAGUAAAUAUAUUAUAAGGCACCUUAGUAACCACAUAUCUGUUUCCUCUACUAGUGUGUCUAGCUUCUGGUAAAGUAUACUUGACACCACGUUUGUCACUCUUCUUCAAUAACGAAAAUCCAGAAAUAGUUGAACUUCUGGUUUCGGUAGAUGCGACUGAUCGACAAUCACUUCUCGAGGUUACGGAUGGUGUAAAUGGAUUACGUGGAGGUUCAGGCAUUUGUCUGGCGGUGAACAUUGAAGUUUGACCUGAGGUAUUUCUUGAUGAAUAAUGCUUUGGAUCAACUGUGAUUACACUGGCUCCUGAGGAUUUAACAGUGGUUUUACUAGUCAGUCUCUUGGCUGGCUGUGACGAAGACUUGCUAGAAAAUAAUGAACCAAGCUUCUUUCUCAACGAUGUUCUGGAAGAUUUUUCAGAAGACAUCAGGGUGUUGGCAGUGGCGAUUUCAAAUGGAUUGAUGCUGCUUACAUCAUCACUGUUAUCUGGCUUCACUGGUGGUUCAAACAGAUACAUACUAUCAUUAGCCAACAAGUGAACUUGUGGUCUUGGAGCUUCCAAUUUAACUGGCGCCAUCAAGAUAUCACCACUGUUUCCACUGACAUUCUCGGGUAUGUUGUAUCCAAGUUGAUCCAUUUCCUUCUUCAAGACAAAUGAUGAUCUCAUGAAUCCCAACGAGGCACGGUUAGGGGUAUUUGGUUCCAGGAUUAAUGAAGGGGUGGAAGAUGCAUAACGAAGGUUGCACAAUGAACUUUGUUGAUUUCUCGAUUGCGCAACCGGUUUGCUGUAGGAAUUAUCUUCAGUCGUGGAAGACAUGGAGGAACCCGAAUGAGAAUGAGAAGCACCCAAGGACAAUGAAGAUGUUCUAGAGCUAGAAGUAUCACUCUUGAUAAAUUUAUCUUCAUGUUCAACAAUUGGAGCCAACCCUUUAAGACCAAAACAUUCAGUAGAAGCAGCGUGUUUCAUUAAUCUGGCAGGGGAUCUUUGUGGAACACCUGGUUGCUGGAAUGGAGUUGACAAAUCUUCCUCGCUACUGGUUAAUUCUCUCAAUGAUAACUUCACAGGUUGGUUGAAUCUUGAUCUUAUUCUUCUUCUUGGGUCAAAUGGUUCGUCAUCUUGUUCAAUUGUUGGAAAUGAUUCUCUGAGAUUUAAUCUGGGCUUUUCUUCUUCAACUGGAUGUAAACGUUCCAUUUGACGAGCAAGUUCCAUUUGUUGACGCUCAUGUUCCCAUUGACGUUGCUUUUGUUCUUCACGUUGUUGAUGUACUUUACGUUGAUGUUCUUCUUGUUCACGUUCCUCAUCGGAUUCAUCUUC